GGAUGAAGGAAAGGAUAAAAGUCAAUUGGUGUGUGAUGCUGAUUUCGAGAUACGAUCAAUCCCAAAGACAACCGUCGAGGAAGGUCUCCACGAGAAGCACAACAACGAUCUCGGCUGUAAUGAUGUCUAACGUCGUUGUUUUAGCGCUUCGUACGGUAGACGUCGAAAUUACCAGCCAGCUCGUUGCCCGGACUUGAAUCCUGUUGAUGGCAUGACUACUCUACGGCAACGCACCGUCAACUAUAUUUACCCAACGAGGCGACUCUACGACACCAAUUUGAGAAUGCAGAAGGUAAUGAUUUGAAUGCGUUACAAAUUCGGCAAAGAAAACUAAUAAAUCGUAAUAUUAGAAGAUAUAAUAAGUGCUACGUACACCAGAAACAAAUAAUUUUAGUAAUUAUAUCUCGAUUAUAUCUUGAUUUAUCAAAAUCGACAUGUGACUAGCCUUAUCUGUGUAACAGUAGAACUGUGUGGUUUAGUUUGUGAAGAAAAUAGAUGCCGAAGGUGUACUUGCGCGUACAGGAUAUGUGCAAAUGUAUACAGAGCUGUUUGGAAUCAUGUUAUUGGCAUCUAAUAGAAGAACGUUUUUGCUUCGACGAGAGCAUAGCCACGUAUCAAGAGUCAAUCACAAAAGAAGAAAAAAACAAUAAUUUUUGCGAUAAUAUGGCGUUCUAUGACAGUGUAUCUGUGAUAGCAGGAAGAGCGAUUGUCACUAUUGAUCCUCUUCCGGUAAAAAAGGAAAAGUCUCCAAUCAUAUCGCAACCGAGAAAAAGAAACUUUAUGAUAAAAAGUAAAAGCCAAUCUUCGAUGCAACGCGUUACUCCAGUUAUUUUAGAAACAAAUUAUGAUCUUGAAGAGAAAGAUUGCAAUUCUUUAGCAAAUGACUCUAAAUAUUUAGAAAAAAACGAUGAGGAAGAUUCCUGUACAAAUAUUGUAAAAAAAACUGUGAGUUUUGAAGAUAUAUCUGAUAGAACGUUUGAAAAUUCAGUAGCUGACACUCCUGCUAUUUCGGAAAAUACAUUCCUAUCUCCGCCUCCUACCGUAGAAACUCGUAAGAAAUCUCUUAUGGAAAGAAGACAAUCAAGAAGUUUGCAUUUGAAUAUCGACGGCUCCAAAGAAGUACCUAUCAUCAGACAGAGUUCUGUUCCUAAAUUCUUUUUAGAAACUCCAGACACAAAUCAAUAUGAUUCGAUUUUAGUUAAAUCGCCAUUAACUGCUCUGCAAAGUCCUAUUAUUUGCAAAGACGGUUUUUGUUACGAUUUGAAAUCCGUUGUACAAAUUGAAAGUGAAAAAAUUAACGUCGGUGAACAAGAUAAGAAGCAUAUACCGUUGGUUCAUAGAGAAUCGACAUCGCGAUUAUUGCAAAUUAAAGACAAAAUUAAGUUAAAGAAGAGUAAAAGCACUGUUAGUACUAGUAAUAUACCACAUACUAAUUAUAUUUAGUUCUAUGAGAUUAAUGUGAGUUAAUAUUUAAAAAAAAAAAACAGUUUACGGAAUGGUACUACUUGAAUGUAUUUUAAAAUUUUUUAUGCUCAAUAAAAUUUUUAAACGCAAACGUUAUAUUGUGUUUUUAUUUUUUAACCCCCUGUAUAACCAAACAAAAAAAAGUAACAAUUGGUUUUUUACGAAAUAUUCAAAUAUACAACAAACUUGCUCAAAUUUUGAAUUUUCGUAAAAAAUAUUGAAAAAACCAAUUUGAUAUUACUAUCUUUUCAACUUGUCUAUAUA